AUGCACCUGCCGGGCUGCGUUCCAGCCAUGGCCGACGGGAGCUUCUCGCUCGCCGGCCACCUGCUCCGCAGCCCGGGCGGGAGCACGUCUCGCUUGCACAGCAUCGAAGCCAUCCUGGGUUUUACCAAGGAAGACGGGAUCUUAGACACCUUUCCUACAGAGAGGGGCUCCAGGGGCGCGAAGGAGCGGGAUUCCAGGCUGGGCGUAAGGCCUGCCUGCCCUAAGGCGCCAGCCGGAGGCCCUGAGUCUUCCUCACCACCAGCCCCCGGGUUGGUCCCUGAGUACGAAGCUUCUCGCCCCUGCUUCCCCAAGGAGCAAGGAGAGGCACGGCCCAGCCCAGGACUGCCGGUUGGGCCAGCAGCAGGUGAUUCGAAGCUGUCUGAGGAGGAACCACCCAAGAAGAAGCACCGACGCAACCGCACGACGUUCACCACGUACCAACUGCACGAGCUGGAGCGCGCCUUCGAGAAGUCUCAUUACCCCGACGUGUACAGCCGCGAAGAGCUGGCCGGCAAGGUUAACCUACCCGAGGUUCGGGUCCAGGUGUGGUUCCAGAACCGACGGGCUAAGUGGAGGCGGCAAGAGAAGCUGGAAGUGUCCUCUAUGAAGCUACAGGACUCGCCCCUCCUCUCCUUCAGCCGCUCUCCGCCUUCCUCGGCUCUGGUCUCUCUGGGGACCGGCCCCAGUAGCGGUAGCGGACCUCCGGGAAGCGCCCUGCCGCUGGAGCCUUGGCUCGGGCCGCCGCUGCCGGGCGGAGGAGCCACAGCUCUGCAGAGUCUGCCUGGUUUCGGGCCGCCAGGACAGGGUCUCCCGGCCAACUAUACGCCGCCCCCGUCCUUCCUGAACUCCGCGCCCCUGGGUCCCAGUCUGCAGCAGCUCGGGCCGCCGCCCGCGUACCCGUGCGCUCCAGGAUACGGGGACAAGUUCUCCUUGGAAGAGGCGUACCCGCGCAACAGCAGCAUCGCGGCGCUGCGCCUGAAGGCCAAGGAGCACAUCCAGGCCAUCGGGAAGCCCUGGCAGGCCCUCUAGAGGCGCAGCGGAGCUUGCUGC